AUGUUUACGGAUGAUCUCCUUCAAUAUUUCAAUUGUGGUGUCGCUGAUAUACCCCCUUGCGCUGGGCAAAGCGGAAUUACGCAACUUUUAAUUAAUCAGGGUUCUUCUUUUUGCAGGACUCGCUAUAAAUGGUACACUGACUGGUUGAAUCCCACUUAUUGGCGUCGUCAUCGGGAUCCAAACUAUGACAGUCCUCUGUGGAACAACUGGAGACCAUGGCAACUGGACAGGUCUAAUAUCAAGCGUGCGAUCGAUAUGUAUCGUAAUGGUACUAUUGACUUCAAAACACUUGACGACAAAUGGAUAACACCAUCAGCAUUUGCUAGAUAUGGUAAAGAUUGGGCUGACGUUUAUCUACCUGCUGCACGCUACGGAGCACAUCGCUAUUUCUACUCCUUCGCCUAA